ACGAAAAGGGCAUUUGGUUAAAAGCGCGACGCGAGAAGAAGAAAAGCGAGGGAAGGGAAAAAGAGAGUGUGUUUGUGUGUUGAUUCAUAGAAGAAGGUUUUGUGGCAGCGAAGAUGGGUAAUCCACGGAAAUCGAGGACCGGCGACGAGCUUCAUACGGCGGCAAGGUCCGGCGAUCUCAUCGCCGUUCAGUCAAUUUUGGCUUCUAAUCCUUUGGCCGUUAAUUCCAGAGAUAAGCAUUCCCGAACACCUCUACAUUUAGCUGCAUUUUCUGGGCAAGCAGAGAUGGUCACUUUUCUCUGCAAGAACAAGGCUGAUGUGGGUGCUUCUGCUAUGGAUGACAUGGCUGCAAUACACUUUGCUGCACAGAAGGGACAUUUAGAAGUUGUUCGUGCUCUACUUUCUGCUGGGGCCUCUCUCAAAGCCUCUACGCGCAAAGGUUUGACGUCAUUACACUAUGCUGUUCAAGGCUCCCAUUUGGAACUCGUCAAGUACUUGGCCAAGAAAGGGGCAAACCUUGGUGCCAGGACAAAGGCAGGAAAGACCCCGUUGGAUCUUGCUACCAAUGAGGAAAUCCGCUCCUUUCUGGAGGAAUUUGAAAGCUCAGCUAAGAGUGGAGAAUUGGGAAAGAAAGAUGAAGAUGAAGCUGAAGAAUCUGAUCCAAAGAUAUCCAAAGUGGGAUCGGAAGAUGAUUUGAGUACUGAACCUCCUGCAGCUGCUGCUGAUGAAGAAAACAAUGAGAGAGAGAAGAGGAAGGGUGAUGAAAAUGAGUCAAGAGAAGAGUCGUCACAACCAAAAAAGGCAAGAGUUAAGUUAAGCCAUCUACAAAGUUCAGAUGAUACCCAAGAAGAAGAAAACCUGUAGGUUGGUAGUGGCAUAGUAGAACUAAAGUUUUGUUAUUGUAGUCUGUAUUCUGUAAUAGUAUCUAAUAUGGAAUCCCUUUGUUGGGUUAGGAGACUGGACCAUCUGUUGGCUGUUAACAAUUUAUUCUGGAUUAAUACAAUUUUAUCUUGACAAUAUA